GUGAUCCUUCCACCGGUGUGUGGUGCGGUUGUGUUGUGUAUCUGUUGUAGAUGCAGAUCACGUUGUGCUGUGCUGCUGUGUCCGGACCAAUUAGAUCGCCCAGCCCAGCCGAGCCAGCCAGUGGAUCAGCGGGAGGCGCGUCAUGAUAAUCGUGACGUCUAGCGUUACCGACAGCACCUUCCAGCCUUAAAAGGGAGGCCCACGAGAACACGCCUUGUUCCGGUUAGUCGGGCCCUUUUUCGGAACCGGGAAUCGAGCGAGAGAGCGAAAAACCGCGCGACAGAUAAUUAAUGAACAUUGAGUCGCCGGAAUUGCGGAGUCGCAGUCGCAGUCGCGUGUCCUGCUGAGUCGUCGUGCGGAUCGGAUCGCGCGCUCACGUCACGUCUUGCGCUGAAGGAGCCCCCGACGCUAAAUGAAACAGGAUGCUGUGGGCAUCGGCGCUACUUUUUGCCUUCGUUUUGCGGAUAGAGGCCCAAGCUGAGCAGUCGGCGGUUGCGAUCACCAACGGUGGUAGUAAUCAGACGCAGACCGAUGAUCAACAGCAACAGCAGCAACAGUCCGGAUAUCGUUCCGCACCGAUCCUGCCAACAAUCGUUCCACCAGAGCAGAUCUUUCAUCCGGAUCCCUAUCCCCAUGGUGUAGUGCGCUAUCAGCACCUGAUAAAUAACUCACCGAGCAGCAAUUACUUCGUGUACUACACCGAUAAUGUUGUGGAUCAACCAAAGCAGCAGCAGCAGCAGCAGCAGCAGCAACAACAGCAGCAGCCACAAUACAUCACGGGGUAUGGUUUCGGUAGUGCUGAUCCGACGUCAGGGCAGGUCAUCUACAACCAGAAUCCGAUCCCGAUCCAGCUGGUGACACUGGUGCAACCAUCGAUCGGAAGUGACCGGUCGAACGAACGCGAGCAGAUCGAUUCAAAGCAAGAAGCGACCGAAGAGAUCGUUGAUGCGCGAGUAGACGUGAAUGAGGCCGGCAUUCGUAAGCUGGUAUCAAGCACCCAAAACUUGGUCAGCAACGAAGAUGUGGUGGACAUUAACAAUGCACAGGAAGGUAACAGCACGGAACCAUUGACUACUAGCACCACAAAGUCCGAGGACAGUGAAUCCAGCGAAAGUCAACGCGUUCAGACCAAUGCCGGCAGUGUCGGAAGCUUCGAGGAACCGAUCGUUGUCGAAGAGAGUGAUACGGAGGAAGCAGCUUCGAGUCCACGGGGUCAACGAUCCGGCAGUGGUGUGUUGGAUCGUUCGAAGCAGAUCAAUGUGGAGAUUUUGGGCGAAUCCGAGGAUCACAAUCAUGGACAGUUUCUCAAGGAGACGACAAUCCUCGCCAGCAAACCGGCAGAACCGUGCGAUGAGGAUGGUAAGGAGCAGGACGGUCUGUUGAUCACCAAACAAGAAGUGACCACCGUUAAACCGGUCACGGUAACGCGUGUCCGUGGAUCGACCGCUGCUGCUCGCUUAAGCACACGGUACAAGGUGACGAAUGGUGUUUCCUCUACAACGGCACGGUACCAGCAACCGACGACGACCGUCACUGUCACGGAGAAGCCACUGUCCUCUCGGUACACGGCACCAAUCCAUACCGUACACCGGCCAGCGAAUGCUGCUAAGUUAAACCGACCUUCGGUGGAUGAUUGUGUGGAUGAUGCAGUAGUUCCGGCACCCCGUGAGCACACGAUAGUGGAGGUACAGAAGAGUCUCAACAUUAAGAACAUUCUCGUGGGCCAGGAGCAACCGGUAGCGGCCAACCUGCGACAGUACGGUGCCAGGACUAAGAUCAUCCAGCAGCCGGUGUACGUGGAGAAACCCGUCGAACGGAUUGUGAAGCAACCCGUCUACAUCGAGAAACCGGUCGAAAGGAUCGUACACCAGCCGGUGUACGUGGAGAAACCGGUACCGGUGCCGGUGGAGCGCAUCGUGGAGAAACCGGUCCACCAUACGCACUACGUCGAUCGGCCGGUUCCGGUGGAGAAGAAGGUAACGAUACACGUGCCGGUGGAGAAGAUCGUCGAGAAGCCGGUGCAUGUGGAGAAGAUUGUCACGAAAGAGGUGAAGGUACCGUACCCGGUGGCACAGCUGGUCGAUAGACCGGUGCCGGUGGAGAAGAUAGUCGAGAAGCAGGUACCGGUGGAGGUACCACGUUACAUCGAUCGGCCCUACCCGGUGGAAAAGAUCGUCGAUCGUCCCUACCCGGUGGAGGUACCGGUGGAGAAGAUCGUCGAGAAGAUUGUCGAUCGACCGGUGGAGGUGGAGCGGAUUGUAGAGAAGCACGUCCAGGUGCCGGUUCCCGUUGCGGUGGAGAAGGUGGUCGAGAAGAUUGUCGAUCGUCCUGUACCCUAUCCGGUGGAAAAGAUUGUCGAUCGUCCCUAUCCGGUGGAGAAAAUCGUUGAAAAGAUCGUCGAUCGGCCGUACCCGGUGCAGGUUCCUGUCGAGGUGCCAGUGCAGGUACCGGUGCACUAUCCCGUUGAGGUUCCCGUCGGUAUUCCGAUACCGUAUCCGGUGGAGAAGUACAUAGCACUGCCCAUCCAUGAGCCGAAACCAACGCACUCCAUCAUCAAAACUGUGCAUCAUGAACACUUUGACUUUGGAAAGUUCUUCGCCCAAAAGAAGAAGCAUUUCAUGGACCAUUUCUUCCCCAAGUCACACCAUCAUCCGAAGGUAUCGAUACUGGAAGUACCGGGAAAGCAUCUGUACGUUCCGAACCAUCACUAUCCAAAGAAUGAUCUACAUUUCGGAGCAUCUGUGCCGAGCCCCGUGCUGGUGGAUGGAAAUCAUUUGAAUCUACAUUACCAUGCUCUACCGGACCCGAAACCAAUCUACGGUGUUCCAUACGUCGCUACGGAUGCCCACGGUGGUAACUUUGGCUUUCCCCACCACCAACCAACGGUAGUGCGAGACGAUUACGUGGGACCGACGCCACUGCUCGAGGAUCACUGGGCCGUCAAGAGCGACGUAAAGUUCCGGCGCAGUCCGAACUAUGGCAAGAGUAUACGGAUCGAGUACGGCGGGUUUAAGCCACCACUAGUGCCAUCGGUGGAAAUAGACGAGCACGGGGUGCCGUUGAACAAGGAGAGCAAUAAAUGAUAAGAUUUUUAAACGUCGGAUAGGAGCAUCUUAUCUUAUAAUCGGUUGAGCAGUAGGUUAUGCGACGAGAUAGUGCGCUAGAGGGGAGGGAGCAAUGUUUUCUGUUUUCUGCGAACAUGUUUUUCAUUAGACUGGAUC